AGUUAGGAAAGCAGGAGUUAGCAACCAUCAGUGAUCAGCCCCAGCCAUCAUUCAGCAACUAACAAGUACCUCGAUGAGGAGGUCUUUUGCUGAAACACUCGAGGAUCUUCAGAUCAUAAAAUUUAAACUUUUAGGUAGCCAAAGUUAAGUGAUAAUUAACAAAUGGCUACCAGACAAGUUAGCAAUCAAUCACCAAAUAAUUAUUCAUUCUUCCUAUGAGCCAAAGAUCUUUAAAAAAAAAAAAUAAAAUAAUACAAGACAACGUUAAAACAAGACGCAAAUUAAUUUUGAAGUGAUCGGUAUGGGUAGCAGCAGUGAAGUUGGUAAAUUGUUUAAAUUGUUGGAGUCUAAUAAAUUAAGUGAUGUUGAAAAAGUUAAAAAAAUCUUCCACGAUCAUUUUUUGUCAACCAAAGACAAUUGCCUUGUAAAUGGAUUGGUUGAUUAUUUUUUUACCACAAACUCAUUGCGAGCAAUAGAAGUCCUUGCUGGAGUACGUGAUCCGCAUGACAAACAUCUGCUAGAUCGUUUAGCAGAGACAUUAGCAAAGCCAACAAGUCAUAAUCAACGAGUGCAAGCAUUAAUUGUGCUUGGACACAUAGCACGAAGACAGCCAACAUGGCUGUACAAAUUGACAAGUCAUUCAUUAUUUCGCGAGCUGUUAAAAUUAUUGAAAUACGAAGUCGAUGCGCUGUCAAUAGUAAGUGCAUUGUUAUUGCUCGUGACCCUGUUGCCAAUGUUACCAGCAGCUUUGGGGCCAUAUCUCAAUGACAUCUUCGAGGUAUUCAAUCGCCUUGCUUCGUACUAUCACAAUCAAUCAAAUUCCUUAAACAAUUUACCAGCAAACUCUGCUGACAAAGAUUCUUUCUAUCUGCUCCAUCUCCACCUGGGUCUCUACAAUUUUUUUCAUCGCCUGUAUGCCAUGUACCCGUGUAGUUUGAUAUCAUACUUGCGGCAUCAGCAUGCUCAGCGUGAUCAAGAUUACCUCGCGACAUUUAAACACACGAUAAAACCAAUGUUAGACUCGGUGAGGAUGCAUCCGCUGUUGAUAACCGCGUCGCGUGAUACUGAGACCAACGCAGCUCGUUGGAAGCAAAUGGAGCAUCAUGAUGUUGUUGCUGAGUGCGGACAUUUUGCUUUCGAUAGAAAUAGAGAAGAAAUGUUUGCGACAAAUAAUUUACGCGCUACUCCGUUACCAGAUCAACAGUGCCCUUUGACCCCGAUAAAUAUUGUCGAUGACCCGCUGGGCACGGGAAUGAAUAAUGAUUUAGAUGAAGAUACUUUAUGGUCACCGAGUAUGAAGAUUCCACCUCACAGUCCAAAAUCUAUACAAACAAUAAAUUACGAACCACGAUCAGCUCCUUCGACGCCUAACAACAGCACCAAUAGAAGUAAUUCUUCACCACCGGAAGCUGCCAUUGAAGCAACGCCUGAGACAACACCUGUCAAGGAUAUCAGACAAACAGCCACAAGAUCAACUUCCGUUGGCUCUGCGGCUGUUCGGGCUCUCAGCGCAUUUGGCAAUGGAUCUUUGACGGGAAAUUCACGUCCUGCUACACCCAGCAGCAACGUUAGUGCUCUGUCAUUCGUGCCCGUGGAAAAAGAAGGAAUUGUUUCGCAAAAAAUUAGUAGGCUACUUGCUGAAAGAAAUAAUAGUGCACAGUUACAGCAAAUAAAUAUUGAAGGUGUAAAAAAAAUACUGGAAAAUAGUUCAAGUCAAAAUGGUAAAAAUGACUCGUGGAAAGAAGACCAAGAGGUUGUAGAAAUAGUAAAUUGCCACCCACAAGUAAAUCACAUGGAGGCUUACAGAAAUCGUGACGAUUAUUCGCGGGCUGUUAACAAAAAUUUAACUAAAAAAUUCCGUUUGUGUAAAUUUGAUUCGCCUAGCCAUCCAGCACCACCAGUGAGUCGUCCUGCUUCAUAUCCGGAUCACAAAGUACGUCGAUCAAAAUCAUGCUCCGAUUUAAAAUAUAAAAAAGAAACAGGAGUUCAGACGGAUGAUUUGUUUCCUUAUGAGUAUUUAUUGCAUGGGAUCGUAGAUCAGCGUAGUACUGAACAGCAGACAAGUCGUAAUAAUAAUACUGACUCGAGAUUGUCGCCUACGUUGAUGCUGGAUCGUUACAUUGAAAACUGUGCCAGUGUAUUAUCGAUAAAAGACAAGAAAGUGAGAUCCUUCAACAAAAAGAAAGGCCUAGAUGACGAUAACGGUGAUAAUAUAAACGAGGAUAGCAGCCUUAUUGACGUUGAGUCAGUAAACCAACAAUUGCAACUAAUGCAGAUGCAACUUUUGUUCGAACGACAGCGUAGGGAAGUUCACGCGGAACGCAAUCGUCGGCUGCUUGGAAAAUUGAGAGACUCGCGUACUCUUCAAGAACAAAAAACAGAGCUGGCUGAUCGGUUGCGCAUAAUGGAGAGCGAAGUUGAGAGUUUGAAAAAUGAAAUAGAACGCAGUAAGCGAGAAAGUCGUAUUACCGAAAGUGAUUACAAGAAAGCUGUUGACAACUGGCAGUCGAAGUGUCUGGAGGAAUACAAUCGUAACCGUAAGCUAGCAGAGAAUGUUGAAGUGCUAGAAUUAGACAUAAAAAAGGAAAAGACGAGAGUCGCUGAGUGUGAACAGCAGACGCGUGUGGCUGAAGCAACAUUUUUCGAUGCGGCUCAUCAACUUAAAGACGCACUGAAAGCUGCCAGUCGCAGUGAAGAGCUCAAGAGGAUUCUUGAUAAUGUACAGAAAAAAUUUUUAUUACUGAGUGAGGCACAGAAUAAAUAUCAUGAGCGCGCUUCGGGACCAGUGCCAAUGCUAAGACAGGAGGCUACUCAAAUACAUCGCGCGUAUGAAGAAGAAUUGGUUGCGUUGAAACGGCAAUUAGACUCACGUACGUCGACAAUUGAAGCCCUGAGAACUCGUCUUGUUGAGCUGGAAAAUCGGGAAGCUUACAUUGAAGGACAGCUAGUUGACCAACAGCGUAUUCUACAAGAGACUAACGAACGUAAUGAGGCUGAGUUACGCGCCGUCGAGUCUAAGUAUGAUGCUCAAGUAGCUAUUAAUUUAUUAUUGGAGAGACGUAUUCUUGAAUUACACAGCAAUUUAGAGAUCGCUAACUGCGGUGGAAACAGCAGCGGUGCUGGUGCUGGUGGAUCCUCAAAUUCAAAUAAUUUAGCCUACUCAGCGUCACCGAAAGACCGUUCGCCCCCGCUUUCUGGCAGCCUCGCGUCUUCAAGCGAAGGCAGCAUUGCUUUCCAUACGAGCACGGGUAUCAUGAGCGACUACUGUGAUUCUGCUGGUGAAAUAGCAAAUCUACUGGCCAUUGUCGAACCUGUACCUCAAUCCACCAGCCAAGCGACGACACCUGUACGUACAACAAGCCAACGACGAAAGUGAGAUUUUAAUGCCAUCAUUUAUACAUCUAACGCAACACAAAUAAUAUAAGAUAAUAAAUAAUAUUAAUAACAAUAAUUCAUGAUAAUUAUUAUUAUUAUUAUCGAGAUAAUAAAAACUUAAAUAAUCAAGACCUCUUGUGCUCACACAAUUAGUAUAAGCGCUAAAAAGAGAAUGAUAAAAAAUAAUGAAUGCAAGAUAAAGUAAAUAAAGAAACAAACAUUCAAUUGAUUAAAUUCGAUAAUUAACGUCCUGAGACAGCCUUACAAAGCAACAAAACAAUUUUUUUUAAUGGCAUAUAUAUAU